AUCCAGAGUGGGCUUCUUACAAACUUGGAAUAUUCAUUUGUUUGAAUUGCUCUGGAAUUCAUCGCAAUCUUCCUGAAAUCAGCAGAGUCAAAUCCCUUCGGCUUGACUUCUGGGAGAGCAAUUUAAUAGAGUUUAUGAGGAAUCACGGAAAUCUCUGGGCCAAAGCUAAAUAUGAGGCAAAGCUCCCUCCGUACUAUUACAUCCCCAAGUCCCACGACUGCAUGGUUUUAAGACAGCAGUGGAUUAGAGCUAAAUAUGAGCGUGGGGAAUUUCUUGACACUGGAGUCUGCCAUGAUCCCUGUUCUGCAGGCAGCCGUGAAGGAUGCCUCUGGAAGCUUGGGAAGGGACGCAGACAGUUCCAGAAGAGGCAGUUUCUCCUGUCAGCAAAGGAAGGGCUGAUGAAGUACUACACCAAAGAAUCCAAAGUUCCAAAAGCCGUUAUCAGCGUUGAGACUCUGAAUGCAAUGUUCCAGGUGGAGAAAAUAGGACACAAUCAUGGGCUGCAGAUCACAUACAUCACAGAUGGUCAAACAAGGAACCUUUUUGUCUAUCACGAAAGUGGAAAGGAGAUUGUUGACUGGUUCAAUGCUAUUCGGGCAGCACGUUACCAUUAUCUCAGAACAACCUUCCCAAAUCUCCCUGAGCCUGAGCUCAUACCCAGGAUCACAAGAAGUUUUGUCAAAGAAGGAUAUAUGGAGAAAACAGGACCAAAACAGAAGGAGGCCUUUAAGGUACGCUGGUUCUGCUUGGAUUCUCAGGAAAGGAACCUGCUGUACUUUAAAAAUCCACUGGAUGCAUUUGCACAGGGCCAGGUUUCCAUUGGAAGGAAGGAUGAGGGAUAUGAAGUACGAGAUGAUUUGCCCCAGAAAGUCUGGGUGAAGAAGAAGAAGCCAGUGAUCACUCUGGUCACGCCAGUGAGAGAGUUUGUGUUUAUCUGUGACAAUGACAGGCAGCAGAAGGAGUGGAUGGAUGCCUUGAAUGGAGUCAUCACCCAGCUCUGAUGUCCACAGGGAGGAGCAGGCAGGCAGCUGCAUUCCACCUAGCUGCAGCUUCUGGCCACACAGGAACAGGGUUGUUUUCAGCAGAGUGGGAUAAAUGUUUCUUACAGCACUACAUUUCUGGCACAAUAAAUAAACAAGCCACGUUUAAGUUGUGGAGGAUACUGUAAUGGAACCAGUCCUGUAAUGGAAUCACACAGAUUCUUCUAGCUCCUUGCUUUCAGCAGUCUCUACUUCUUGGCUUUUAUGUGAGUGGCAAAUCCAACAUCCAAUGAUUUUUUUUUCCAAAGCACAAACCCACACGGUGCCUCUGAAUGUGUCAAGAGUAAAGGAAGAACACACAUUGAUCUGGCUCACCCAGGAACAGAUGAAGCUUAAUGAGCUUGAUUAAACUGAACAUUGAAAGGCAGAAGCAAGUUUUAAAAGUAUUUUCUUUAGUGACUUGCUCGCAAACACUCUGUGAAUGAGGACUGAUGUUCAGUGUUGGAGGGGAGCCUUCUCAUCAGGUACCACUGUGUGCAGGAGCUGAUGGAGAUUGCCCUGGCUGACACAGAGCACUGAGUGUUCCAUGCCUCAAGACAAUGUCUGAGAUUCUGCCAAGCAGCAAAUAAUUCACACAUUUAAUUCUUCUUUACAGAUAGCCUGAUUUUGCAAAUCAAGAGGAAGUCUUGCAGACCAAGUUUCUGGUGAGGCUUCCACCUUCUGCUGACAAUUGCCAGCUGGUCUUAAGAUACUCUAAAUAGUUCUUUUUCUACAGAAAUGGGAAGUGCCAAUAUUUGCAGGAAUUAGUGACACUAAUUCUUCUUUCUCCCCCAGCCCCACUCGCCCAGUAGUGCAAAGGAAUUGAAUUGGUUCAUCAUUCUGCCUUUCUCAGCCAGCUCAUUGUCCAGCUCUGAGUAAUGUGCAGCAGUUUUAUGUAUUGGUAUGCUCCCAUGAACUUCCCUGUGUUCCAGGCUCUGCCCCACACAACCUCAUUCGUUCUAGCUCACAUGGUGGUUCAGCAAUUCUAUUAAACAGCCUAAUCCUGCAGCUCCUGAAAUCAA